AACAACCUCAAGCCUCAUAUAAUUUUCUAUUUCCAAUUCUCCUCCUUAGACAUUCAACUCCUCAGCCAUUAGAUUGAAUUCAAUCUGAAGGUUUUGGAGUUCUAAUUAGUCUAAGGUGAUUAAUCUCCAGUCACCUCUCAAAGCUUUACAUUUCUUUUUUCCAAUUUGUAUCUGGAACAGAAUUUUUUUGGAUAUAUAUUCUAGAAGUAUUUGAUCAGUGAUCAAGAUGGAGAAGGUGAUGAGGUUGGCCUCAGAAAAAGGUGUGGUGGUUUUCACCAAGAGCUCUUGUUGCCUCUGCUAUGCAGUCAACAUUCUAUUUCAAGAACUAGGAGUGAUCCCUAUUGUUCAUGAGAUUGACAAAGACCCUGAAGGCAGGGAAAUGGAGAGAGCUAUAACUAGGUUGGGUUGUAUAGCACCUGUCCCUGCAGUGUUCAUAGGAGGGAAGCUUGUGGGAUCCACCAAUGAAGUCAUGUCCCUCCACCUAAGUGGUUCACUGACUCCACUGCUGAAACCAUAUCGAGCUAAUUUAUCUUGAAGGCAGGGGAACACAUGCAAAACACGUAACCACUACCUUAUUGGAAGAAUAAACAGCUGGCUCGAUUCAGUAUAGUAGCGAGCUUGUAUUGAAUAGUAUAUGCAGUGAUGUGUGUAGUAUAGUUACUAGUUUCUAUCAUUUGAUUAGCUAGCUAUAAUGUAAUAUAUAAGAUAAAUAUUCUUAAUGAAGUUUUAUUUAUAUAUAUA